UUGUAAAUAAACGCAUAUUGUUAAUGAAUAUGCAAAGAAGUAUCUAUGACAAUACGUGGCACGUUUGUGAGAAUGGAAAGUGUUUUAAAAGUAUUAAAGUACAGUGAAAGGAAAAUAUCGUUGUUGUCCGUGUGGUGUAUAGCAUAGGAAUGGUAUCGCCGUCCAAAAUUCAGCAUCAGGAGCACAAGCAGCCACCAAGAGAAAAUAAAUUAAAGAAGCAGUCACAUGUUCAUACGCAGAAAGAUCUGAAACCAUUAAAAGGAAAGUCAUUUUACUUGGAUAUCAAGAAUCAUGCUACCACAUCCAAAAUAGAAGCAAAAAUAAAAGAUUUGGGAGGAGUAAUAGAAUUGUUUUUAGUAAGGAGUGUAAACCUAGUGGUUAGUGACAGAGUAGAUAAAACUGGUUACAUAAAUUUUGAGAAACAUAAAUGGGGUUGUGCCAGUGGAGGCAGUGGGGGACCUCCCUCGCUGAGGAGUUUAGAAACUCCAGCCCCCAUGCCAACUCCUCCAACGUCAUUUUUUAGUCCUGAAUGCCCCUUAACUAAUACAACGAAUCUACGGGGUCAAACUACCCAAAGAUCUAAAUCGCGGGUGGAGGCAAUGUUGGAGCGUGCUCUGAUACAGCCACAACAGUGUUCCGUGGAUCCACUUUACAACGCCCAAAGUUGGGGAAUUCCUAUUUGGGCAAUUGAUAAACUUCAAGCUUGGCUUGACAAAAUCUACGCAUCUUUUAAGGAUACUAAUAAUUUAAAGCAAUUACGGCAUUCAAAUCAGCAGAGUUUACCUAAAGAUUUGAAGGUCAGACACCUUAAGAGUCCUUAUCUGAAAUUCGAAUCCUUUCAGAGGAAUACUAGACCUGUAUUUGUUGAGCUGUCUUUGUGGCCGACGUUGAAUUUUCACGGAGAUCCAGGAUCUUGUCCUUUCAAUACGAGAAGACGAGAAAAACUGGAAAAAGUACGAAAAGAAGUAAAAGAAAACAGGGAAGGUAUCCAAAUUAUCAACCAAGAGGAGGAUAAAGAAAUGACUCGGCGGCCACGAACAACUGCCCGUACACGAAGAACAGAACAGUUAGCAUCCGGUUAUUGCGAAAUUUGUCGUAUUAGUUAUCGAGAUCUUACCAAACAUGUACAAAGCGACCAACAUCUUAGCUUUGUUCGCAAUGACGAUAACUUUUUGUCUUUGGAUACAUUGAUUAAUGCAGGAGCCAAUGUAGAAGCGUUUCUAAAGCUAAACAGAGCAAAAGAUAUAGAAAAAGACUGCAAUUUAUUUUCCAAUGGAGAUCGCAAUCUUCAUAACUCAGUACUGUCAGAAGGGAAGGUUAAUAGAAAUGCAAAGAACUUAGGUGAUUUUGGCGUCGGAGAUGAAAAGAUGGUGCAGUGUAACGGUGCACGUAGGAAUCUCAAUUUAAAACUAAACUCACCACAUAAUUUACGCACACGUGCAAAACAUGAAAGCGGACACUUGUUGAGGUCGAAGGGAAGUCCCUGGCACGAAGCUGAUAAAGCGGAAAAGUUUUAUGAGAAAUUCGAAGGUUUUACCAUAAAAAGGCGAGCAAAAGGAACAAUUUGGAUCGAAGAAGAUGAACCAGGAGAUAAGUUUGUAAAAGAACAUGGAUUAAAAGAGAAGCAGAAUGAAUACAAAAUUAAAACAUUCUCGACGGAAUUGGAAGAAAAAUGCUGCGAUGAUAAAAAUUGUGACAUUGUAUGUAAUAAACGUAAAGAAUCUAGUAAUCAAGAUAUACAAAGGACAAUAACUUGUAAUAGCGAGGAUAACAGUAUCGUGAUUAAUACAGAACAUACUAAAGAAGAUCGAAGUCUUAUGAAGAAUAGAAGUCAUGAUCAAAUGAACGGAAAUCUGAAAAAUGGUUGUAAUGAAAACCUUUUAAGUACAAAUAACAGUUGUAUCGAGUCCUGUAAGAUAUCUCGAAGUGAAACUUUAAAAGAAUUAAAUUGCAAAUUACACUUACAGAAUACUCCAUCAAGUACAAAAAAAGUUUCAGAAGAACGCGAUGAUACUAAUGCAGACACCAUCUGUAAUGGUCGUGCUACAAAGGAUGAAGAACAAAAAGUAAGUGAUAGAGAAAAGAACGAAGUGGCGAAAGAAGAUAAACCGAAAUAUUCCAAGUCGGGUAGAAGAGGCAGUAGGAGCGUCAGAGGACGGCACCGGUUGUCCGUUGAAGAACGUUUAAUCGAAGAUAAUCGUGCAUAUUAUAAGGUGGAAGUGCUAGGGAGUAAAUUAAGAUCAAGUGUGUUAUCAAACAAUAAUUCCCAAUGUAUAGUGCAAAGAGAUGGGGACGGUGAAGAAAAAAAAGAUGUGCCAUCUAGUGAAAAACCAGUAGUUGUGCGAUUUAAGCGUGUAAGAAAAUCAGAAUUGUCAUUAUUAAGCGACGAAGCCGAGUCUUUUAUGUUUGGAGAACUGAAGCGAGAAGAUUCGAGCGAAAUAAGCGAUGGAGAACAAAGUAGUGUAUUACCAAGGGACACGGAAAGCGAAUAUAACGAUACAGCGAACUCUGGGUGUCCCAGCUCGUUCUUUAAUUGCAGUUCACCCGUAAAGUCAGAACCUGUCGAAGAAGAUUCACAGGAUUCUCUGAACUUGGGUAGAGCUAGGAAAAGAAGACGCACACAAGCAGAAGCGCUGAUCAAAGACAACGUUGACUAUUAUAAAUUCGAAACUCCGGGUAGCAGAUUAAGGUAUCAAGCACCCUUGACUGGUAUCAAAGAACCGGUAUCGAUGAUUGAACAACGGGUAAGAACAGAAGAAGAAUCUGUGGAGAAAAAAGUAGACGUGGAGAAGGUGUAUCCGUCCAAACCUUCAGCAGAGGUUGAAAAAAUGCAAUUUUCUUUUGAAGCUGUACCGAAAUCUGAACCAUGGUAUCAAACGUACCAGCGGCAAGACGAGGGAGCAGAAUUUUGGCACUAUUUUAGCGAAGAGAACUCACAAAAGCCAUUUCUUUUACCAUACGAAAUCGAUAAUUUCCACGAGAAUCUAAUGAAAAACCAAAACAGAACUGAAAGUAAGAGAAAAGGUCGUGGUCGAAGCGCAGGUUGUAUUGGACGAUCUCCGAGGAAAAGUCCUCGUUGCCAUGCUUCAACAUUAGCCAUAAUGUCGACGAUCAUUCGAAAGAGAGAACAACAACAACAACAAUCAUCGAAUCUGUAUACGAUAGAGGAAUGUCAAUCCGUUAGGUCACAGGCAAAUACUCCGAAACCUGAUCAAAAGUCUGAAUCAAAAUCGGACGUGGACGAAGACUUAAAAGACAUGGUGAAAACAAUCGAUGAGAUGCUGAAUAAUCCUAACGACAGUUUAGAUUUGGGUGACUCGUUCGAGCCAGAUACUACGCAAAUGGAAUUGAAUGUCUACGAACCGGCGGCUAUUCCAAAGGGAGCACCUCCGAACCUGCUUGAAUUGUUGGACAGUUGUCACGAGAUCGCAAACUGUUUAGAAAAUUCGUCGUGCGCAAGUUCAGAGUGUGGCGAGGGCAAUAUUGAGUCACCCUUGAAACGUAGGAAAAAGAGGAAAAACAGAACCGGAUGGCCUGGGAUUAAACUGAAGAAGAGACUUCAGAGCAAACCUUUAGAUGUAGACUGCGACAGGGAAAACUUGUUAGAGAAAAAUCUCGAAGCAUCUCGGACCGAGAAAAAUUGCAACAUGCAGGUCAUGAAUACUACACCACCCGUCAGAUUAACGGAAGAAGGCGGUAGCAUUAGACUAGCGACAUCCGUUACAAGUAUCACGCAAGACGAACAGCCGUCGUUAGGUUUCAACCAGAGGAAAGACGACGGACGUUUGUCCGAAAUGUAUACCUCGAAUAUUUCUUCUAAUGCGCAUCACGAUGAAAACGAAAAGAGCGAUGUAAAUAUAGAAAUUCUGAGUAAUUCCGUGUUACAUAUAAAUGCCGAAUCCUGUACUGAUCCACUUACACCUGACAUAUGCAACGAGACUGACAGGAAUUUCGUAUUAAAUAAAGAUUACGCGUUUGGGAAAGGCUUGUCGGAAAUCGAGGAAGUAUCGGAAAACGACCCUGGAAACGAUGAAAAUCAUGAGAACGUGUUUCGGAAAGAUAUUCAUUCUAUAUCAGAACGACGAUUUAUCUCAAAAGCGACUAUCAAGAAACGUCAACGCGACAAUACAUCCUCCGAAACUUGCGAGUCUCGUGUAGUAGAACUGGAGAAUCAUGAGAUUUUGUGUAGAAAGGAUACUGAAACUGGAAUUGUUCCCAGGAAACAUAACUCUAAUGGAUUACCAAGGAAGCGGCAGCAAAAGAGCCACUCCGGAAAUCCUGACUCCGAGAUCGAACAUCAUCAUCAUCACCACCAUCACAAUAACGUGUAUAAAAGGAGCAGAGUGUCAUCGCGAAGACGGAUAUACUCGAGAAAACGUGUGCGAAAAACUAACAUCUCAUCGGACACAGUGUUUGAGGAUGAGAAUUGUAAAAAGGAUUCCUAUUUAAGUAUUACGUGUAAAAAGCAACAAAACCUAAAAAGUGUGAAACGACGCGCGGAUGCUGUGUCAUCGGAAACACAGAAUCCUGAAGUUGACUGUGCGUUAUCGGGACGUGUUAGCCCCACGAUCAUAGCAACUUCGGAACUCGAACAAAGACGCUCGAGUGUCGAGUUUCAACCAGUUGUUAGAAUGAAGAAAAUUGAUGAUCAAGUUGAAAUGGACCACAGUAUUCUCUCGGUAACAAUCGCAAGUAAUAGACGGUUAAGAAGUUCCAGUUCCCCAAGAUCGAAUGUUCAGCCACCGAAAAAGCGAUUAAAGACCAACCGUGGUCAAUUCGGAAGGUGGCUAAAAAGUAGCUGAAA